AUGGACAGUCUCAGAUCUGGACCGUAUGGUCAGACCUUCCGUCCUGAUAACUUCGUCUUCGGCCAAUCUGGUGCUAGAAAUAACUGGGCCAAGGGGCAUUACACUGAAGGAGCUGAACUAAUCGAUUCCGUCCUCGAUGUUGUUCGCAAGGAGGCCGAGAACUGUGACUGCCUUCAAGGGUUUCAGGUUUGUCAUUCCUUGGGAGGAGGAACUGGAUCUGGUAUGGGAACGCUCUUGAUUUCCAACAUCCGUGAAGAGUACCCAGAUCGGAUGAUGCUUACAUUCUCAGUGUUUCCUUCUCCGAAGGUUUCUGAUACAGUCGUUGAGCCUUACAACGCUACCUUGUCUGUUCAUCAGCUUGUUGAGAAUGCAGAUGAGUGCAUGGUUCUCGACAACGAGGCCUUGUACGAUAUUUGCUUCAGGACUCUCAAACUCACAACCCCCAACUUUAUAAUCUGCAAGUUCUCACCCGAUUGA